AAAUGUUGCCUGCAUUCGUAAAUCGAACGCGAAACGGAACGCACCUACCGGUUAAAAAACAAUAAAGAGAUUCGUAUUUCGAAAUAGGGGUUUUGUUUUUUAUUUUAUCUGUGAGUAAAUUUUUGUGGCGGGAAAAUAAAUUGGAAAAUGACGAUCUACAGUAAAAUUGUUCAGAUUAUUUUAGUUAGUGUGUGAUGUGGUUCGAGCAGGAUAACAGGAUUGAAGAGGACAUGUCAGAAGCAGUGGAGGGUGGAGCAACUCUAGCUUGGCGUUUACUGGCCACGCUGGAGGGAGGCUCCCUGCUUCUGGCUUCCUCGGCACUCUUGGCUUACAGCGUGAGAAAGAAGAUUGCGGGACAGCACCGGCCGGGGAGGAAUAUUCGACGAGUGCUGGUUACAAACACGACUAACACAUUAGGAAGAGAGCUGAAAAGGCGACUAGAGGAGCGCGGAUGUGUGGUAGACACAAUGACUCACACGAGGAGACAGAGCAACGAAAUGGCAACGGCGGACGGAAGUUUAUCGAGCAAUGGGACGGCAAGUUUACUCAGCAACGGGACAGCAAGCCUACCUAACAAUGACGCAAGCUUUGCGACUGAAAUAAAUGACGUCAGAGCACCCAAAGUCGAUGCAAUUGUAGUAAUAGGUGCAGAACCUAAGGCCGCUGGCCUAGACGGCAUGGCGAGACUGGUCAAUGAAGAUGUCUACAAUAACUUAAAGUUGCUGGAAUCUCAGUCGCACCGCGUCCGCUAUGGCGGCUGCAUCGCGUGGGCCUGCGCCGGCGACGCGGGCGCGGCGGCCGGCGCCUUCAGCGACGCGGGCGCAGCCUUCGAUACCGUGCUGCACGCUAGUCUGCAGCACGUCGCUAAAGUUUGUCACUGUGAACCUAUUUGGGUAGGUCGGUGUGAGGGAGUGGAGCAGACCGCACAGCGUGUGGUCUCCGCGCUCCUAUCCAGUCAAGAUUCUGCACGAACCUCUAGGUUUUCUGUCAGAAAUGCUGCUCAUAGAGUAGGGGAAUACCUGUGCAGGUGGUUGAAAUUAGUAACGUGAAAAUACUACCUCUUCACAUUGUACAACGUGAUGGCCUAUUUGUAUAGCUUUAAGUUUAAUAUUGGAUUUCGAUAAAAUUAUGUAUAUUAAAACGUUUGUAAAUAA